CUUUGAAGGUUGUGAAUAACUACUAAGAGAAUCCAAAAUAGAGAAGAUAAAAAAGCAAGCCUGUUACAAAACUUAAUGUAAGAGAGACUCACGGGAGUCUGAAGUUCCAAAAAAGGAUGAAAACCAAUCCAUUUGUAGAAGUAAUAAUUUUUCUUUUCUCAGCUGUUUAUUAAAAGACAAAUUCUUAGUUCCUCUUGAUAAUUUUAGGUUAGCUUGAGAAGAAAUUCAUCCUUCUCUCCUUUACAAGUAAUACUGCUUUAAACGAAAAAAUCCCAGGCACAGCAUUAAACAGCUAGUAUAAUUUUUCUCAAAUAUUAUCUCUAGGAAAUUUAAAAUUAAAUAUAUACAUGGAUGCAACAUAGCAAUUUUAAAAUAUACAAAACUCUGUGUCUCUGUGACAUUAUGAUUACUUAAAUACUUGAAAAAAUGAAAUGAUGAAACAGUCAUAAAAGCUUAAAGUCACAUAUACCGCAUAUGCAGUGUGGAAUCUGUUUUGCUUCUCUCCUUCCAGUCCACGCAGCCCAUGCCAGAAAAAUUGACUUAUGUACAGUGAAAUGGUGUUGUAUUUAUAAUACUGUAAAGAUUUUAGUUAAUCUCAUUGAUCAAUUAAAGCAACUGCUGCAGAUUAGUUGUGUAAGUUCAAAACAGCAGUGGUAUAUUAGCAUACUAUAGUUAGGCAAAAAGCUGUUGUAUUUGGAUUUUAUUAUGUGGGACAUCUGUUUUCUUAAGUGUCUGAAAACUUGUCUUCUUGACUGUAAUUUCACCUCUUAGAAAUAGUUUGCUGUUGCAGUUUUGCUGCACUGGUGUGAGUCAUGCUUGGGUUCAUUAGUGUUGUUUAAACAUCCCAUACCUUUGUGCAACAGGAAUGGUAGACGGGUUCACAUUUUAUCUAAAAAAUGAAUGAAUACAUUUGCUCAAAGUUCUCAGGAAAAAUCCACCUGCUAUAAUGAAUCCUAAUGACUUGUGAAAUAAUUUUAUUGUCAGUGAUUUAGAUCACUGUUCCUGUCACUGUUUCUAUCAGGAUGCUGCUGGCUUCCAUUUACACAAGGUUCCUUUUAGCACCAGAGGGGCCUUUAGGAGUUACUUGAAUACUGAAAAGAAACCCAUCCUUCAUUAUAACAGCGGAUUGUGUGGUUGGUGUGAUAAUUUGGGUGGGAAAAGAUGAGCAGCAUUAAGAUGUUCUUAUUUCCAUGUCACAGAUGUUACCCUGCUGUUGAAGUGCAUGCUAAAACCUUCAGCGGGUCACACAUGCCUGUACCCUCUGAAAGUGCUCUUCUUAAAGCCUUGCGUUUUGAACUGGAGCUCACAGAUGACCAUAUCUUCAUGAAGCAUCUAGAUACUUGUACCCAAAUCAAUCAUUCAUUGGUGUAUUCAGUUUGCACCAAAGGAGGGGAUCUCUGGCCCAUGCUUGCUUUUCAGAAGAGUGGUCCAAUAUAUGCAUGUCUUCCAGUAGUUGAGGAGACCUUGGAGCCACAGCCACCCCUCCUCACCGUUAGUGGGCUCUUGCAAGGACUGGCUUUUUUGUUAGGCAUUGUGGGCUACAUCUCUUCAAGUUGGAAAAAUGAAGCUGAGUGUGAAAAUAGGCAAGCUUCAAAAUUUGCUUAUACAGACCUGUUUGGCACCCCCUUAAACACAAACAUACAUAGUUUAAACAGCUGGUUUGAUGACAUUCAGGAAAUACCUACAGAUAAGAAUCAACUGGCUUGGAGAUCCAAAUAUAAAGGCAAACCUCAGGUGAACGUCUGUAUCACUGAAAAAGUCAAGUGUAUGCAGUAUGACACAAGAGAUGUUAUGUACAUGUAGCAAGUUUGUGGAACUGUAAAUUGCAACAUGAAAUGUGACAUAGAGGGAUCUGCACCAAACAUAACCCUCAGCUUGAAUCUCCCGACUAAUGGUCCUCCACUCCAAGAUAUCGUGGUCCAUCAUUUUGUGACUUCCAUUGACACUGCCAUGCUGAUGUCCAGUAGUGCCGAAUCACUGUACAAUGGACCUUACAAAUUUCCUUUCAUUCUUCCUUCAGAUUCCUUCAAUUUGUUUUACUACACUUCCCGGGUUCCUGUUCCACCAAUUUUGGGAUUUUAUCAACUUGUUGAGGAGUGAUCACAGUUAAAAAUAACAGUUAAUUUAAAGCUUCAUGAAAGCAUAAAGAAUUUUGAGUACUGCAAAGCUUGUAUAACUUUUUUCAACAGGGGCCCAAUCACUCUGUUAGAGUACAAGGUUUGUUAUGGCCAACUGGAUUUGUCUCAAGAGAAGAGCCUACUGGUUUGGAUGCUGUUUCUGGCUUUAGGACAGAAGUUCCCUAAAUCUUUGAAAGUUUCUCUGACUGGAACUGUGGGUUUUGGCACUGCAGGCAAAGAGCACCCAACUGGUUAUAUUUGCACUGAGAAUGCUGCUUACGUGAAAUUGUAUUUUAGAAUCUCAGACUUUACACUUACUGGAUGUUAUGUGCCCCAGCAUCCUGUUCCGAUCUUUGUACCAGGAAAACCCCAAAUUACUGCAUCCUGGGAUCUUCUUUCUUCCAGUUACUACAUCUGGAAUUCCAAAGCACCAGCACCUGCAUUUUUUUACACCGUAGACUUGAUUAAUUUUCCUAUGACUGAUUUUUGCAUUUAAACAAAGCAGACAGCUAAUGAGAGUAGCAUCAUGAUACAGUGAAAAGAAAUGUUUUCCAGCACUUUGUAUUUUGUAUGUUUGUUUAAAGAUUUCUGUUAAGGAAAAACAGAAGUCACUUGUCUUAAAAAUGUAAGUUAGUCUUAAA